CGCUGAAUUAUAGAUGAAAGAGCAGCUGAAAAUGCAGAUUUGGUCUACAGUAGAAGCCUUCAACUCAGACCGCUCACUGCGCCUAUCCGACUCGCAGACAAAACUUACGUUAGCUUUAUCCCCCACUCAGGAGAUGCAUUCCAAAAAACCUUGAUAAAAGCCAUCUCUCAUUCGGAGCAUCCCGUUCGCAGAUUUCUCCUCCAAGAUUAGACUGACCGUGUCGACAAUGUUUGGAUUCUUAAGACAUGGGCCAAUGGUUGUCUUACUACUGGUCAACGCACUGCUUUUAGCGAUAGGGGACACCGAGGAUGGGAUUUUAACAAAUCAUCUUUUGGUUCAGUUGCAUGAAGGUUCAUAUGAUGAAGCCCCUCAAGUUGCGAUGGAGCACGGGUUUGAGAGUGUCCGGAAGCUUCCUUUUGGAGAGGGGCUUUUUCAUUUUUAUCCCCAGAACAUGCCUACAACAAGGAAGAAACGCAAUGCUUGGCAUGGUCAGAGUCUCCAGAAGGAUCACAGGGUGAAAAAUGUGCUUCAACAGAUGGGAUUUGGUCGUCAGAAGCGAGGGUACAGGGACCUUAACUAUGUUGACAUCAACAUGAGUGACCCUCUUUUCACAAAGCAGUGGUAUCUUAUAAACACAGGCCAGGCAGAUGGCACGCCUGGACUCGAUCUGAAUGUUGCUGAAGCCUGGGAGCUAGGAUUCACUGGGAAAGGGGUGACAAUUGCCAUUAUGGAUGAUGGGAUUGACUAUCUACACCCAGACCUUGCUGCAAAUUAUAAUGCUGAGGCCAGCUAUGACUUCAGUAGUAAUGACCCAUACCCAUACCCCCGCUACACGGAUGACUGGUUCAACAGUCAUGGCACCAGAUGUGCAGGUGAGGUAUCUGCAGUAGCCAACAACAACAUCUGUGGAGUGGGUGUUGCUUACAACUCCAAAGUGGCUGGUAUUCGAAUGUUGGACCAACCCUUCAUGACAGAUAUCAUUGAGGCGUCCUCCAUAAGUCACAUGCCUCAGGUUAUUGACAUCUACAGUGCCAGCUGGGGACCCACUGAUGAUGGCAAGACGGUAGAUGGCCCACGGGAGCUCACGCUGCAAGCUAUGGCAGACGGUGUUAAUAAGGGUCGCGGUGGGAAAGGCAGUAUCUAUGUCUGGGCCUCUGGAGAUGGCGGUAGCUAUGACGACUGUAACUGUGAUGGUUAUGCCUCCAGCAUGUGGACCAUCUCCAUUAACUCAGCCAUUAAUGACGGGCGCACCGCACUGUAUGAUGAGAGCUGCUCCUCAACGCUGGCCUCCACCUUCAGUAAUGGACGCAAGAGGAACCCUGAGGCUGGUGUGGCCACCACGGAUCUGUAUGGAAACUGCACUCUGCGCCACUCCGGCACCUCGGCUGCUGCUCCAGAGGCCGCCGGCGUCUUUGCACUGGCGCUGGAGGCCAAUCCGAACCUGACCUGGAGGGACAUGCAGCAUUUGGCAGUUCUGACCUCCAAGCGUAACCAGCUCCAUGAUGAGGUGCACCAGUGGCAGCGUAAUGGAGUGGGUCUGGAGUUCAACCACCUGUUUGGCUACGGGGUGCUGGAUGCCGGUGGCAUGGUAAAGAUGGCUAAGGAGUGGAAGACUGUUCCAGAAAGAUUCCACUGUGUGGCUGGUUCAGUCCAAGAGACACAUAAAAUUCAGUCAGAAGACAAGCUAAUCCUAACCAUUACCACUGAUGCCUGCCAAGGGAAGGAAAACUAUGUGCGAUACCUUGAGCAUGUGCAGGCUGUGGUAACUGUAAAUGGCAGCCGUCGUGGUGACCUGAAUAUGAACAUGACUUCUCCUAUGGGAACUAAAUCUAUCCUUCUGAGUCGCCGACCUCGUGAUGAUGAUGCUAAGGUGGGCUUUGACAAGUGGCCUUUCAUGACCUCUCACUCCUGGGGCGAGGAUCCCCGCGGAACCUGGGUGCUGGAGAUUCACUUUCAGGGUGAUGUACCUCAGUCAGGAAUUUUGCGAGAGUGGACCCUAAUGGUCCAUGGAACACAAAGUGCCCCUUAUAUUGACCAGAUAGUGCGCGACUACCAAUCCAAACUGGCCAUGUCUAAAAAAGAGGAAUUGGAAGAGGAAUUAGAUGAAGCCUUGGAGAGAAGCCUGAAGAGUUUGAUGAGUAAAAAUUAGACUACUGCAUGAUGCCCUUCCUCUCACACUUCUCUCUAUGUCCUUCCCUCUCUUCUUUGUUGGCCUCUAUAUUUUUCUUUUCUGUGGCUGCUUUUCCCUGUCUUUUGUUUACUACUAUUCCUUGUAUCCAGAUCAUAAUAACUGUAACGUAUCUAUAAAGGGAAAAAAAUG